ACCAUUCCAAUUGACUUUGGAAAACUUAUAAUAUAGCACAGUUGAUUAUGUUUUCACGUUAAGUAAUACCAGCGGCGAUACAAUUUAUAUUGCUGAUGCCGGGAGGGGACUCCCCAACGCGAUUUAUUAUUUUCAUUUUUGUGUGUUGCGAGUUGCGACAUUUGAAAUUUGAAUCUGAGUGUUGUCCAGUUUAGUUUUCUUAAGUGAUUUUAUUUUUAAUGUUAAAAUAUUUUACUGAACAUGAGCUCUGAAUCCGACACAUCAGAUGUGAAUGAUACAUCCGUUUCUGGAGCAGCAAAAAAGAAAAAAUAUGCACAGUGCUACAAAGAAAGUUGGGAAAGUUCACCACGAUUUAAAGGGUGGUUGACUAAAAGUGAAAAGGGUAAAGAAUAUGCUUUAUGUAAGCCUUGCAGAAAAGAAAUUAAUGUCAGCAGCGGAAAGGAUGCAUUAGUUAAACACAGUUCAAGUAAAAACCAUGAAAAAAACGUUAAGUCUAUUUCAAAACAGAAAACUCUUGAGGGAUUUAUGACAGCGGGACCAUCAAUGAAAAAAAAUCUUGAGGAUGACAUUAAAAACGGAGAAAUACGAUUAAGUGCUUUUAUCGCCGAGCACAAUUUGCCGUUCGCGACAAUGGACCAUUUGGUUAAAAUUGUGUCUAAAAUAUGUCCCGACUCGAAAAUUGCGCAAGGUUUGGCUUGCGGCAGAACAAAGACUACAUCUAUAGUAAAAUAUGUUUUGGGGGAACAUGGCUUUGAUACUUUACGUCAACACCUCCGAAAUGUGAAGUUUUCCUUAAUCGUGGAUGAGUCCACUGAUCGAAAAUGCGAAAAGGAGAUGUGCAUGGUGGUAAGAAGCUAUCGUGACGAUAACAUUAAGGAUGACUUUUUUGGAUUAAUAAAACUUUCUUCAGCAGAUGCUUUAACACUAUAUAAUCACAUUGUUGAAUAUUUUACCAGUAAUGAUAUACCCUAUAAACAAAAUCUGAUAGGAUUUGCAUCAGAUGGUGCGAAUGUGUUAAUGGGACACCAACAUUCCGUAAUGAGUUUACUAAAAAAAGAUAUUCCAGCAUUAUAUGUAAUGAAAUGUAUCUGUCACUCAUUUCAUUUAUGCGCUUCCUAUGCCUGCCAAAAAUUGCCUCGGUUUGUAGAGGACUUAACACGUGAUGUAUAUAAUUAUUUUAGUUCCAGUCCUAAAAGAACCUCGCAGUUUUUAGAAUUCCAGGAAUUUUGUGAUGUUAAAGCCCAUAAAAUUCUACAUCCUGCCCAAACACGUUGGCUCUCUGUUCAUUCUGCUAUAUCCAGGAUUCUUGAACAGUACGGAGCUCUUCAGUUAUAUUUUACAGAUGCUGUCAGCCAAAAUGACCUACUUGCUGCAGAAAACAUAUUAACAAAACUGAGAGAUCCUACGACAAAAUUAUUUUUACAGUUUUUAGACUUUAUCUUGCCAUUUUUCACAAACUUAAACAAAGAAAUGCAAUCAGAAUCACCAAAAAUUCACCUGAUCUAUAAAAACGUAACUAAUAUUUUAAGAAGUAUUUUUGAUUGUUUUUUGAAAAACCCUGCUAUUAUAAAAUCUGGAUCAGUCUCGUCACUUGUUCCAAUAGCACUUUUAUUUCCCAAUCUGAUACAGCCCGAAAAUCUACAAAAUUUAGAUAACCAGUGGCGCCUGCUGCGAAAUACCAAAGACAUAAAUACUCUUUCAAACGAUGUUAUAUUAUUUUGGCAGGAAGUACAUAAAAUGGAAAGGGGUGAUGGAGAACUAGCUUUUAAUUUACUAGUUAAUUUUGUGAAAUGUAUUCUUUCCUUACCAGUUUCAUCCGCUAAUGUAGAAAGGAAAUUCUCUCAGUUAAAUUUAAUAAAAACAAAUCAAAGAAUGUCAUUAAAUUCAGAUACCACAGCUUCUCUUCUCUAUGCCAAAGAAUAUAUAGGAGUCAAAAACUGUUAUGAUUUUCCAGUCGAUAAAAAAUUAAUUAACAGUAUGACCAGUACAAAUUUAUACAGAGAAUAGGAAUAGGUCCACCUCAAAAUAAGCUAUAUUACACUUUUGUAUAUUUAUCCCAUUUGUUCGAAAUAUUUUUAUAUUUAUAAUAAUAUGUAAGUAGAAUAAUAAUUUAAUAA